AUGUUGAACGAAAGUCUUACAAACCCAUUGUUCGGAAAAGGCAAGUGCAACAUUGUCAGAGCUGUAAACAUUCUUUUCGAGAAAGGUUUGUUGGAACCAAUUCCAGAUGACAAGCUGACAGAAACUUUUGUACCAAAAGACGAAACAAACUUUUCAUUGUUAGCAAGACCAAAAGUUGUUCCAGACAAAGUUCUAGUACAAAAGAAGUACACAAUUCCACAAGGAGUUGGAUUGUUCGGAUACCAACCUGAACCAGAAGAACUUCCAAUGAGGUUGCAAGAACUUCAAGAUGCUAUAAACAAACUUCCAUUGAGACAUCCAAUUGACGUCAAAUUGUAUUGGAGAGCAUCUGAGUUAGGUCAGAAGGUUUUAUAUGAAACAGGUUGCUUCGACGAUGUUUAUGAGAUAACAGGAGAAGUUUCUCAGAAGAUAAGAGACUCACUUGAAUUUCCACAAACUGGACCAAUUGGUUGCGACAAGUUCGACUCAAACGAAAAGAUAUACUAUGUCGACCUUAACGCUGCGUACAUGAGGUUUGUCCAAUAUAUUCCGACUGGAAUUCCAAACGAAGAUGGUGAGUUCCCGGGAAGGAACUAUACAGUUGGAAAAGUCAUACAACAACUGUAUGAUAUUAGGAAAGCUUCAAACCCCAAACUUGCAAUGACACUCAAAUUGCUUAUGAAUUCGACAUGGGGAUAUUCCAUUAAGAAACCUCAAGAGAUGAAGAGUAAACAUUAUGAGAAGGUCGACAACUUUGUUGAAAGGUUUUCUCCUUUUGUUUUGAAGUACGAGUUCACUCAAGGUCAAAGUGGCUUA